GUUUCAUAGGAGUUUUCACGCCAUAUAUAGUUGACCAAGAAUUAUAUUGACCAUGGAAUUUUAUUAAGGUGAAAGGUAUCUGAUAUGAUGCUCUGUUCAAUGUGUGAUUGACUUAUUUCAUCGCCUUUUGAUUCCUUGCUUUUUUUUCUUAUGCCUAUGUGACCAAUGUUUUUCAUAUGUAAACGUACAUUUUUUGCGAUUUUCUGAUUUUCAGUACAAUGAAAUUUCUUGAUUUCUUGAAACCCAAGUUAUCAAGAACUGCUAAUACUAGAACAAUGGCAACUUUGGAGGACGACAUGAUGAUUGAUAGCUCUGAUGAAUAUUGGGACGAAGACGACAUUUUUGACUCUGAGGACUCUGAGGACAUUUCUGUUGCUAUUAAACCUCAGAGUGGUGGGCUUAGCUCGUUUGCAGAGUAUGACUUGAGGACUGCUGCUUAUAAGAAGGGUGGGAACAAAGCUUCUGAAUUUCCUGCAGAUAUCAUAAUGAGAGUGAACAUGCAGAUCAAAGAUGUAGCGAAGAGAGAUGUACUGCCUUUCCUCCCUGCUAAAUCAUUGAUGAAGUUUCGGGCAGUCUCCAAAGAAUGGAAUCAGUGGAUAGCUAGUCCAUUAUUCGCAUACAAUCAAAGUUUUACAUUCCAGAAACUUUCUGGCUACUUUUAUCAAAGACUGGACUUUCAAGGUGAUCCUCCUACAUUUUUGUCUCUGCAUCGUUCUGCGAAUGGAGUCCCGAGUCCUGACCUUGGUUUCUUGCCUGAUAAAGUUAAAGUUGUAAGUUCUAGCAGUGGGUUGCUCCUUUGUCAGGGGUUAAAGGACAGUUACUACGUUUGCAAUCCUGCAACCAAAGACUGGAAAAAGCUCCCUCCUCCUCAAUAUUACCAUGGAUCUGAUCCAGCAGCUGUUCUAGCAUUUGAUCCUCAGUUUAAUAUUGAAUCAUUUUAUCACGUGGUGGCUGCAGUCCCUCUUCUUGAUCAUCCAAUUGUCUGCUUUGAGGUUUACGAUUCUGAAUCAGAUUCAUGGAGGUGCUCUCCUUCAGACUGUCUAGAGCUGGAAAAUAUUACAAGCCUUGCAGGUGGAGGAUCUUAUAUGAAGGGGGUGGCUUACUGGAAUACAUCAUCAAAUGAAGUGCUAGCAUUCAAUGUGAAAAAUGAGAUUCCAGCAGUCCUACGUGUACCUGUUAUUCAAUCUGAGCAACAUGGUGGUGCCUUAACGCAGAUAGGAGAUGAGGUGUGCUAUGUUACUGCUUAUAAUGACAGUGGAAAUGUUUUCGUGAUUGAUAUCUAUGGAGGCGUGGACAUGAGCCUGAAGCGCAGUGUCAGCGUAAAUCUUGGAAGCAAGAAGCCUCGUACUCUAGUGUCUAAAUCUUGGUGGAUACCCCCCAAGGAGGAGUCUUUUACUUGUGAGGUACUACCCUGUACUGACAGUGAUACUGUGGUGAUCCACACAGAUGAGGCGAUAUACUUUUAUCACCUGAGGGCGCAGACUGUUGAGACACUGGGGAGUCCGGGACGAGUGGAUACUCCUCAGAGGUUCUUACCCUACAUAAACAGCCUUGUUAUGGCACACGAUCUGGAGAAGAAGAAGUAGUGCGCUUGAUGAUUGUUUCAUUUAGACAGUAGUGUCAUAUGUUUUUGUCCUGAAUUCAUUUGACUUUCUUGCGUCUAGUUUUCAGUUUUGGUCCUUCCCGUUGUUAUAUAAACAUGAGCAGAUUGUUGAAUUGAAUAGGUUGAUUCUUUUUCAACAUUAAGCUUUUCAACAACAAUCUUUUUUCUCCUUGAUGACCAAUUGCACUACUCCUUAUCUCAUCUCCC